AUGGUAAAUAUUAGAAAUAGAAUAUACAGAGAGCUGAGCGAACAAGAGAAGCGUAAACGUAUAUUUUUAAAAGAGAUUAAAAGUAUCACCACACGAAAGGAGAAAACCUUAAUAAUGGAUAUAAUAUAUGAAGAAAACAGACAUGUAAUACACCAAUGCAAUAUCCAUUUUAAGAGGAAGUUAUCGUGGUUGAAACAGAAACGUCAAUAUGAGCUCGCAAAGGAAGAAAAGCAGAAGUAUCCAGAUACAAUAAAUGGAAUUAUUAUGGAAGAUGUGCUACUACCAGAAGAGUUCAAUAAAGACAAUGAAGCGAACAUCUAUGGGGGAGUAACAACGGACCCAGAUGAAAUAUCGAUACUUCAACUACCACCAAAGUAUGCAGUGUAUAGUAAAGUGAAUACCAUCAAAUGCCUGUCCGAGAUUGAAAAGUCGUUCACAAAAAUACGUUGGAAUUUAAAUAGAUACUAUGACAACAACACUUGCGACAACAACAACAACGCGAAAAACACUAACCGCAGCAACAACAACACAAACAAUAAUGACCGCAACAAUAAUAACCGUAGCAACAAAAGCAACACGAACCCUAACAGCGAACAGUUGGAUGCAUUUGGUGAGCAGACAACGGCGUUGGAAAGCAUAAUAAAGAUUACAGUUGUAGUUGAGAAAAGUUUAGCAGACUGGGAAACCGGUGUCAGUAACAUAAUGGUACGCAGCAUGUGUCAAAAUGCUGACAUGCUGGUUGCUGCACAAUGGUCUGGGAAUACUGUAAUGGCUGGAAGAGAUGACAGGGACAUCUGCAGCAGAGAAUACGGUGCCACGACCAGCAACUCCAGGACAGGAUGA